AUGGAUUUUCAUGGAAUGAAGAGGAGGAAACUACAACUCCUAUGCAAGAAGCAUGGCAUCCCUGCAAAUCUGAAGAAUGUCGAGAUGGCUAACAGACUCGCUUCUCUUUUCACGGAUCAGACAAGUCCGGUUAGGACUCGAACAAUGAGUGAUAUACUGAGUAGAUGUUCAGUUAUUGAAUCUCGACGAGAUGAAGCCUCUGCUGAUGAUGGAACUCUUGUCACCUCUGAAUACAAAAGUGAGAAUAGCACUGUAGAAGAAGAAGAGGAAAUGGAGAUUAGUAAGGAGGAUUGUACGAGUGUUGGCCAUUGUGUGAGCAACCCUGAGUCCGAGCUAGGCAUGCCUUAUGAGAUGGAGCUAUCAGCAAACCGACAUGGAGACUUGUCUGAAGAACAAGCGGACAUCUGUAAGGUUGGUCGUCUCAGUGUUGGUCAUUGUGUAAACCGAGAGACGCUUUAUGAGGUCAACGCUUUAUCACAACAUGUACCAGUUAACAACGCUGCUAGUAGUGUCCUCGACGAUGAAGAUGUGUUCAUUACCCCAGAGAGGAAGUUAAUGAUGAUGGAACAACUCAGCCAAAACGCAAAGACGUGUGCGGCUGAGUCAGUGAACCACCACAGUGAUGAAGUAGUGGAGUCUCAUGGUGUUGUUUUCACGACCCCUGAACAAGUUCUAUUGAUGGGUGAUUCUGGGAGAGAGGAGGUGGGAAAGCAAGAGGAACAUACAUCCACAGAAUCUCCUGUUGAAUCUGAUGUUCUCAAAAACAGCCAAAAUGGAGGAGCAAGUGUGAAAAAGCCGGCGCAGUUCAAUGAGGAAGUUGGAUUAUCGAGUGAGAUGCACAAGGCGGCUGUAGAGUCUCCUGAUGAGUCUGAUGUUCCAGGAAGACAUCCCUUUCCAGAAGAGUCUGAACUGGAAGAAGCUGCAAAAAGUGAAGAAUACAAGGCUGUGGAAUUGCAAGUUGACUGUGACAAUUUCUCUGGUAACUGUCAUGAUAUGUUUGAUGUUGUCACUGCCUCUGAGAGCCAGUCCAUUAUGGGGAACUUUGAGGCACCCACUGCUAGGAAGCAAGAACAGGAGGAAGUGGAGUUCAAGGACGAGUCUACCUUAUUCACUAGCUUUGAGAGAUGUUUACUUCUGGGAGAGUCUGCACAUGACAGACAUGGCACAAGUCAGUUUCAAAGCCAUCAUGAUUCUUCUCCCAAAGUUGGUUUGAAGGAGAACAGUGUGGUUUGGGGAAGUCACGCAUUGGCUGUGGAUUUAGGAGAAAACACCAUUCGUGAUUCAAGUGGUAGUAUAGCAUCCAAAGUUUUUAUGCCAAAAGGUUCUCUAGCAGAGAAUGUUGACUCAGUAAUUGACACAAUCAUGGAGUGCCACCCUGAAUCUGAACUAUUUGUGGAAACAUGUCCAUCUCCUUCGUUGGUACAAUUAGCGGAGAGCUUGCCUACUUGCCCUAUCCUUGUUAAGGAGACUGUUUCAACACUUAUUGACGAGGAAGAUUCUAAAAACAAUGAGGAAAUUGUGCUCAAGGAGCAUAGAUGUGUAGCUAAGUUAGCAGAAGCAGAAGCGGUUCUGGAGAAUUCAGAUGUGUUCACUACCCCAGAGAGGAACUUAAUGAUGAUGGAACAAGUCAGCCAAAAUGAAAAAACGCUUGCAGCUGAUUCAGUGAACCAUCAAAGUGAUGAAGCAGUAGAGUCUUCUUAUGCUGUUGUUUUCACAACUCCUGAACAAGUUCUAUUGCUUGGUGAUUAUUGGAUAGAUGAGGUGGGAAAGCAAGCUGACUCUGACAAUUUUACUGGCGCCAAUAUUACUACUGAGUGUCAUGAUAUGUCUAAUGUUCUCUCCGCUUCUGAGAGCCAGUCUAUUAUGGGAGACUUUGAGCCACACAUUGCUGGAAAUCAAGAACGAGAGGAAGUGGAGUUCAAGGACGAGUCUGCUGCCUUCUUCACUAAGUUUGAGACUUGUUUGCUUCUGGGAGAGUCUGCACAUGACAUACUUGGUAACAAUAUGUCUGGCUCAAGCCCUCAUGAUUCUUCUGCCAUAGUUAUUUUGAAAGAUGACAGUAUGGAUGUAGGAGACAACACCGUUGCUGUAUCAAGUGGUAGUUUCACAUCCAAUGUUUCUUACAGCCAUGAGUUUAAUGCUGGGGAAGAAACUGCAGGUGCAUGUCUAGAUGCCGCACAAGGGCCAACAAAGCAAAGCAAAAGGGAUUCUCCACAUGUUGACUCAGCAAAUCCUUUUGAUCUUGACAUUGAUGGGGCAGACACAACCAUGGAUGCAGAAAGAAAUGUUUCCUUCAGUUCCUAUGUUCUUGCUGGAACCUGUUCCUUGGUGCCUGAAGAAUCUAGCCCUUCCACAAACAUUCAUGAUCAGAUAAACGAUGCCUUGGAGGAAUUGGCAAUAACAGAUGAGCUCAUAGAAACAAAGGUAACAACUCAAAAAGACGACAAGGGUAUGUUGGACUCUUCAGGUGGCUCUUCUGCUUAA